GACUUGUAACGGAUGGCAGCGCCCAUGAGUCUGGAUGCGACAGUGAGCAGAUUACAUUGAACAUGAAUCGGCGCCAUCUUGGGCCCUGUCCCCUUGCUUCUAGCUGCAUGUGACAUCACAGAAGUAAAGUUUCAAGGCCAAGGGCUUGAGGGGAUCGAAAGGUUUUAACAAAAAACUGGCGAGACUGAAGAGAAAGCUAGAGGUUAUUCUGUCAUCUUUUACAUGACAGGAGAUUAUUUGCGCCGCCAUGUCUGAAGAUAGAUACGCUUUCUCAAGUCAUGUUUUCUCUGCAGUCAAAUACAGAGCGUUUGACUAUACCUUUGAGGCUUCUACUAGUUACAGAUUGACCAUGAGCUGUCUGGCCCUUCCUUUGCCCUACCAACUGGGCAGUAGUGACCUAUACCCUCCCCCUGGCAGUCCUCCUGAUGCCACCUACAGGAAACCAUGGAGUAGAGGAAAUGUGAUUUCCACCUGCAAACUGUUUGUUAGUGGAUCUGUACUUGAUGAUCUGGGAACUAAAGGACUGCCAACAGACUGUCUUGAAAAGCUGAUUGUUAGUCUGAGUCAGGUGAAAGGGGAUCCUCUGGAGGUGAUUCCAAGCUCCAACCCCAAAUCACAGCUUGAUGUAGACCGAGAGGAUGUAGCAUGGCUCCUGAGAGAAGCUACGAAUGACACAGCGCACUUUGUCUGUAAUGAGUCCUUUAGCAAGAGGACAGUGGCGCAAUUGAGCCCAAGACAUCACCUUAAAGAGGAUGUGCUGUUUGUUGAUCACUUGCCACAGUUUAAGAAACGUCUGCCAUCUUUAAAAGCCAAAUUGUCUCGACUGAGGACCCUGCCCGUGUCAGACCCACUCCUCACCACUGGAGGCGCCCUGUCAGAGGAAAGUAUAUUCAGCCAUUGUGCUGCCUAUGAGGUACUCCUUAAGGACGAGACAGAAAGCUCAAAAACCACUUUGAAUGCUGAUGAGGCAUUCAAUAAGGAGUUGUUGUUGAAUGAAGAGUCCUUGAUGUUACCUGUUGAAAUGGAUUCCUGCACGGUCAAAAGGGAAGAUUGCAUCCCCUUUUCAAAUCUGUAUAAAUUGUUGAAUCUUCUACCAGAAUUGGUGGAGGACCAAACCCCUUGUCUGGAUAUACUCACUACAGCAACUUCACUUGUCUCACUGGACACAUCUCAGCUUGAAGAGCCGUUGUUGCCUCUCAAUGACUCUCACUGUGAAUUGAAUGAAACCCUCAGGUCAUCAGAUCAUUUAAUGUUGCAUACUCAGAUGGAGCUGGACCUACUCCUCAGCCUCUCUCCCAAACCAAGCCCGACUCAUAUCUGUCUGUCCCCCUCUCAACUACAACAUGAGCAGGUCUCUCCGGUCGACAGACAUUUUUUUGUGUCCAAGAGAGAUCAGGAGGAAAUGGAGAGGGCAGUUUGGAGUGCAGAGAAGCACCCUCACUUCAUACUGGACUUUCUUUUGGCAGAGCCUCAGAAGUCAGAACCCACUUUGCAGUUCCAGCCUUUGAAUGAAGCCAUGAAGUUAUUGCUGAUUGGUUGUGACAACACUUCAACACUUGGAGGGGGGAUGGAACCUUUUGAUCUGGGACCAAUCACACCAGGGCUGACUGGCAUGUAUCCGGAAGGUUCCUGUGACUUCACUGAGCACAUGACCACCCCAGCGCCACCCCACACUGUGGUGACACUGAGCAGUAGGACGGAGGAUUUCACACCGCUACCCCUCUGCCAGACGGACGAACUGUCAGUUCCACUCGCUGAGAUCAAUGUCAAGUCCAUCCUGAGAAAUGUAACACAGAUGACUGUGACAUCCCAUCAGGACAGAGGAAGAAAUGAAAAUACUGCUAAGGCUGGUACCACUACCCACGAGAGAGAGAUAUCUGGGAAUACCGCCUUUUCAGCUCAAGCUGGUACCAAUUCCCAGGAGAAAGAGAACACUGGGAAUGUAGCCGUCACAGCACAAUCAUCUACUUUCUUCCAAGAGAAAGACAGGUCUGGGAAUAUGGUCUUUUCAGCAGCACCUGUUUCCCCUGGGAAUAUGAAAGUGUCAGCAGCACAGGCUACCACCACCAGUUACAUGGGGAAAUGUGACCAUGCAGUUGGAACUCAGAUGAUGGAGCAGGUCAUACCUGACCAGAGGGAUGAUGUAUUAAAACACUCAACCGCCAGACCUGCUGUGAGAGACAGUCACAAUAGUUAUACUGUGGCUAAAUCUCAGAAGAUCCUGGACCCGCUAUCCUCUUUCAUAAUGUUGAGGUCCCAACAGAGAACUGUCUCAGUGUCACCUCAGAAAUAUACAAGCACCCCAGUGUCACAGGUGAUGGAGCUGACACCUCCGCCAGCCACCAAAGAACUGCAUCAUGGGUUAGAGGUUAAGCCUGUUGUCAAUGCAAACAGUGCAGGAAAUGACAUCAUUCAGCCUGUAUCUAGUGACAGACAUGACUGUGGAGUCAUACACAUCCAAGCCACAGAGAGUCAGUUCCAGGCGUACCGCGAGCUGCGAGCGUUUGUCCUGCCCUGCCUAUCCAGAGCCCGGGAGCUAGGCCUGACCAGCACGUCCUGUGGAGACUUCAGAACCCUGGAACCGGACCACACGCGAUACCUCCUGAAACAACAGGAGAAGGAGCUCAGCGUGAGACAGGGCCAGGACCCAGAGGCCCUAUACAACCAGCUGGCUCUGAUACAUGUGCUGGUGACAGUGAAGGACAUGAUCUUCAAGUGGGAUCUAAGCACUGCGCUGGAGUACCUGUCGAAGGCCUCAGAGGCUUGCGUGGGGCAGAGUCUGAACACGCUAGUGAGGAAGCUACAGGUUGUACUGUACCUUAGGCAGAGGAACCAGGAGCCCAACACCAAAAUGCUAGAACUCCAGGAAGUCCUGAGCACAUGGGUGCAGAGGAAGAGCAGUGGGGCCCAAAACUUCCAAGUUUUGGUGAUAACGACGACUGACUCAAACAGGGAUGUGGUUGUUAAAGGCCUGAGCCAAGUCAAAGUGUCAGGCAAGACUGUUGUUGCCGUGAGUUCGGAGGGGAGGAGAACCAAGCUGGAGGUUGCAGUGCUGGUAGAGAGGUGUGAGCCUCCUAGAACUCCAUCUAUUCACCUUUGUGUAUAUAGGACCUGUUAUGGAGAACAUUCCCUUUCCUGCCCUCUCUGCUCUCCCAGCCUGCAGAGUUGCUGGUGUUUGGUGGUGUCUUGUCAACACCUGGGAUCAGACCUCCCGUGGAACCGGUUCUCCCUGGUGGUGGAGUUUGACCACACAGAACACGCCCCCUGGGCCGCGGUCUGUGCAGAGAAGAACAUCCCUCACAUCACCUUUCGGACCACGAUACCAAACCCCUCUGAGAAUGACAGUUGGGCCCUGGAACGCAGCGUUCCCUUUUUCCUGUUUGUGACUGAAAGUCUUCUCAGCUGCCCUCUGCUGCUGCAGAUACUGGAGUCAACGUAUAAUAUAACCGUAUUGGAGCGGAGCCACAGCCCGUCCUUACAGAUUCUUGGAGGGACUCACCACUAUGGAGUGGUUACAGUUGAUGAGAGCACUGCCGUCAUCAUUCAGGAGCUGGAGGAGCUGUGUCAGGACAGGGCCUGUGAGGCUGUAGUGAUGAGACUAACUGCCCUGUCUCUGCAGUACAGUCGCUGCUGGCUCAUCCUCUACUGCCAGCAGGAGUCGGGAUUGAAGAGUGAGGGCUUCAACAACUUGGCAUUGGUUUACUCCUCUCUGGUGCUGUUUGGACUUGAGACUGAGGACUUGGAUGUCAAGGUGGUGAUUUUAACACAAGUUGUGGACAUCGCCAAAUGGAUCUGCCAGAUAGCCUUCCACACACUGCUGUCUAGUGACAGAGAUCCUCUGAACUACCUGGACAGAGAAUGGUUAUCUGUAUUGCCCUCAGAGGAGGAGUGGUGCCUGCUCGGCUUCCCCUGUGUGAACCCCCUGGUGGCCCAGCUGAUGUUAAAGAGGAGCCCGUCUUUUCACUGGCUCCUUGGGGCCUCCCUUUCCCAGCUACAGGCCCUAUUCCCUGAGGUCCCUCUCAAAGUACUGAAGCUCUUCAGUGACAUCACGUCUCUGUACAAGCUGUCUGCCUCCUCUCCAGAGUCUCCCACUGAGCUCAGACAUCAUAGAGACUACGGUAACCCCACCAACCCUUGGCCCACCAGCCAAGACAACCCUCACACCCAUCCUGGGGGACACACACCUCAUGGCCGCCCUAAACCGUUGAAACCCAGCAGCUUCAUCACUGGCUCUCCCCGAGCUGAGAGUGGGGAGUGGAGCCUCUAUAGACAAGGUUCGCUCGAGGCCAAGGAGGACAGCCCAGACUUCCAGGUGGACUUGAGUCGCUGCUUCAGAUCCCAGCCGGUCCCUUUCCAGCAGCCCUGGAGGCUCAACCCAUUGGAGGCUGAGGAGCCGAGCACCGAGGAGAAGUUUGUGGGAUGGAAUAGAGUAGAAGAGGAGUGGACGGACAGAGUACCCCUGGUGCCCUUUGGUUCGCCCAGAGAUCAUGCAGCAGGGGAUCCGUUUCAAACAGGCCCCUCAUCCCCGUUUAGCUACAGAAACAACCAGCAGAGACCAGUGUGCUCCGACAACCAGGGAGCCUCCUCUACAGUAGCCCGUGGUGACCUGCAGCAGUCCCCUGACAACCACCACCCAGGCCUGACUUCACCUCGAGUCGCUCUGUUCUGGGGGAGCCGCCCAGGUAGCCCCUAUAACAAUACCUGGGCCGGGGGAGACGUGAGUGUGUCACCUGGCUACGGCACCAGUUACAGGACGGAGAGGAAGAGGAGGGCGGAAUGCCCAGCCAUGAUUGGACGAGUUUUAACACCUUUGAAAAGGGGAAAGCUACGUUAUGAGAAGGUGCCUGGCCGGAGGGAUGGACAGACAAGACUGAGGUUUUUCUAAAGUGCCUCAUCUUUGAAAUGGUGUUGAACAAGAGCUUACAUGGAUCAGUCAGACACUUGGGCGGUCUACAACAACCCUUUAUGUGGUAUGGAAGACAUACGAGUAGCGAGCCAUGACUCCCUUCAGGGCCAGAGUGGAGUAGGCCAGAGGGGUUUUUAGACAGUUUUACUUCUCAACAGUUUUUGGGGAAAUUAUUUUAAAAAAUUGGAAGGAAAUUGUGAUCCACAUUUUGUGAAUAAUUUUUAUUAAUGUAAAUAGUUUUGUGUCUAUUUACAUUUAAAAAUACAUGUUAAAUAUUCAUCGUUCUCUGUUAUGCCAGGACAUUUUUUUAUUAAAGCAUACCAGUAUCUAAAGCUUUG